GUGUCAGGUUGAUUUGUGUAAUCAUAUUGAUAAAGUUUCAUUUUCCUAAAACCAAACCAAGAAGAUGGUGAACAGAGUUUGGAGCUUCCACAGUUCUGUCAACCUGUUUUGGCUUUGCAUCUUCUUCUUCUACCUUAUUGGCCAUGGAUUUCCGAUGGUAAUCGAAUCUGCUGAAGACGAGACCCCAGUAUCCGAUCUUUUGAGUCGAGACCAUUGGAGGGAGAUAGCUGGAUAUGGUGAGGAGAGAUUGUCCACUGUUUUGGUCACAGGCUCUGUUCUUUGUGAAGCUUGUUUGCAUGGUGAUGAACCUCAAGUUCAUGCAUGGCCUAUUAAAGGUGCUAUGGUGGGUGUGAAUUGCCACAACACUGGAAAAAACAGCAAAUCUUCUGAUUGGGUACAUGGAGUCACGGAUGAAUUUGGGGACUUUGUUAUUGAUAUUCCAUCCCAUCUUCAUGCAACCCGAAGCUUCGAAAAUGUCUGUUCCAUCAAGAUUCUUCGAACACCGAAGAACACACACUGCCGACCUGCUCAUUUAGCUGGAAGAAAGCCGCUGCAAUUGUCAUCAUUUGGUGGUGGCAUCCGUACAUAUACUUCUGGUGUCCUCAGGCUGCAGCACCAAACAUCCAGACCCCUGCAAGCUUGUAGAAAUGAGGGGAGGGGUGGCCGUCAGACCUCAUGGUAGACAUAAGCCUAAUAAAGUGAAUGAAUUGGUUGCGGAUGUCAAGAUAUGGCUCAUGUAGAUGGCGCUGAAGUCACAACGAUGAGUUAUUUGUUCGUAGAUAGCACGAUAAAUUGAGUUUACAUUGAUAUGUAUUGUUCUGUAUAGAAACAUCUAGGUAUUACACCAAUCUAUUUCAUACCAUAUAUGACAUACGCAUCGGGUGCAUCGAGUUUUCCACA